AUGGAUAUUUUAGCAAUGACAAACUACCUUGUUUUCUCAAUACUUCGCCAAUCGGGGCUUUUUAACAGCUUCUUCUGGCUUUAUAAGGACUCCUAUUUGGCGAACUGGUGCUUCAACCAAACCUUCUUGUCAGUUUUGUUGCGAUGUUUCGGCGUUCUAGUUAUCUCAUUUCAACGAUAUGUCUCACUUUGUGAACAUGGUCAUCUAAUUGAGCAGAUCAUCAACAGUUCACAUCGAUGGAUUCUUCCUGUUCUCCAAUGGGUAGUGCCAACAGUAUAUUCAAUACCACUUCUCCUCUUCAGUAAUGCCACUUUUGUGAGCUCACAGAACAUGGAGGUGCUAUCUGAAAGGCAAAGUAUAACGAUUGCUACGUCAAUGACAGCUUUUUUCGUCUUCAUCACUUUCUUGCUGUGCAGCUUAUGCUAUGGAACCAUAUUGAGAUUUCUGAUCAAAAACCGGAAGAGUAGCAGCGUGUUUCGUUUAAAAAUGCCUUCAUCUUGCACCAACAUCCGCCUUGUACAACACUAA